GGAUGACCUUGCUCCCCUGGAGCACCACAAGGAGGCGGGCCUUCCCAGCCGUGAGCCCCACAGCUCCCCCUCCAAGCCUGGGUGCGUUGUAAAUGCCUCCUGGAGGCAGGGAGCCCAGGGAGUUGUCACGGGUGUGUGCAUGUGCAGCGUUCCAGGCUCUCCACCCAGCCUGAAGGCCCCAGAAGGAGCAGAUCCCAGCGUCUGCUGCUGUCCAAAGGCAGGGGUCUCCCUCGUGUCGUGUCUUGGUGUGACUGUCACCUGCUGUGGGCCUUGUGAGGCCGGGCUGGUUGGGAGAGAACAUAGGGCAGCGAGGAAGCUGUGUCUUUGCUUCCUGUGAGGGUGUAGUGGCGCUUGGGUUUGCUGGGGCUUGACCUUUCCUGCUGCUGUUGCAUUUGAGGGUUUCUGAGGUGUGCUGGUGGGGCUCUGCGAGUGAGCGUGGGGGGCCACUGGGGUUCCAACAGGCCUGAAGCUGCUUUAUGAGGCGGGGAGGAGCCGAGGCCUGGCCCUGAGCACAGGAGGGCCCUGGGUGUUCCGGGCUGCCUACGAGGGCACAGCAGCCUUCUCCCCAAGGUUCCCUGUCCCUCUGACCCUACCACCUCCACAUGCUCCUGGCCAGUGAGCUUGCAGCCUGGAUCCAGGUACAGGAGGGUUUGGGUCCAAGGGGACUGCCCUGGGCCUGGUCCCCACUUGGAGACAGAGCUGAGGCUGUACACCUGUUGUCUUCAACAAGCUCUGGAGAAGGCCGGUCCCCAUUCCCGGGUGGGAAGUAGGGUUCAGAAGUUCCCGGCGCACUGAGCUCACGGGGCAAGUGAGGGCUGGUGGAUGGGAUGUGGGCCCUGUGCUGGCCCAGCGGCCACCCCAGUGGAGGAGCAGCUGGCCUGGCCAGCACUCUCACCACCAUGGGGCAGGUGCCGUCUGAGGCACGUGGGAGCUGGGCUGUGCCGAUGCACCCCUCCCUGAGCUAGAAUGUCAGCCAGCUGGGGCAGUGGAGAGAGUGGGGCAUCCCUGCACCCUGACGCCACAGAGGGUCAUCUAGUCCCCACCCCACCCUGGGGAUAGGCCUUGCUGUGUCCAUUUACUUAAUUUACAUGUGGGGAAACUUAAUUUACAUUCUGGGGCUAGACUUGUCCAUCCAAUGUGUGUCCAAACCAGAGUCGGACAGGCCCUAGGGAUGUGGGCGUGUGGGCGGACACCCUGGACCUAGAAGGGGUGGGGUGGGGUGAGCCUGCUAUAAGCCUGAAGCAUAAGGCUCACAGCCGAAAGGUCGGCAGAGUGCAGGGACCAUGUCACCCCAAGCCGGCAGAGUCACACCCACACGGACGCCUGAGUGGGUGCUUCUGGGAGGUGGGAAUCUGCUCUUCACUGCACCCGAGCCGCAAACUACACACUUGCUGGGACCUGCCAGGUGCAGGGUGGGUGGGGGGCUGGGUAGCGCACUGACUGAGACAGACCUGACUGGAAACAGCCUGUGGGAUCCUGACGCAUCUGAGGGCGAAAAGAAAACAAAGUGGUGUCUUCCAAAUAGGGAAAGGCUGAGGAAGUAAUUUAUUUCUGAGAUAAGAGUCCUGUGCUAAGUGCUGAGAAGGUGGAGGGAGGAACAGGUGGUUUUGGAGCAGAGGAGCGUCCGGAUCAGAUAGCCGAGGGGCCGUGGAGAUAAAGGACGGAAGAACACUGUGCUCCUAGAAACCUCUGGACCCAGAGUGUUUCCAGCUAACUGAUACCCAUCUGCCGCGGGCCAGUGACUCAGGGGAACGCGUUCCAGGCACUUUGGUCCCUAGGGGCAGGGUCCCUGAGAGGUAGGGGCAGUCCAGUGGGGUACGUGCAGGGAGGCGCCCCUGCCAAAUGCUGGCCUCUGUCCUGCAGGAGGAAGUGCUGGGGUGCCCUGUUUCUGUCUGUCACAGCAAUUUGUGCAUGCACAAGGGGGUGGUGCUCACGCACCUGCGUGGGGAGUGGGCCAGGCACCACUGGACAGAUGCCUCUCCGGACAUUAGAGUUCAGUGUCUGCUCGCCCACGAGCCCACCAGCAGUCUGUCCACUGAGCAGAGUGGGCACAUAGGCAGGGGCUCUUUGUGACACUGCGGUGCGCCGGCCCAGCUGGCUUCCAGGGGGGGACCUCACCUCUCUUGGUUUCCCCCUGCGUCUCUGUGAGUGGAGUGAAGUGACCCAUCCAAGUGUUCCUGUGUGGGACAUGCCCACGGGGGCUCUGCUCACAGCACCCCUCCCCUAACUUCUGCGGACACCUGAGGCACAGGCUUCCCCUUACGAUGCAGGGAUGCAGGUCUGAGCCAGCAGGUCUCGGGCAGGGCCUGGGGCUCUGUGUUCCUCACGACCUUCCUGCCAGGGGAGGCUGAUUGUGCUGGGCUCAAGACCCCUUGAGAGGUGAGCUUUCAUGUCUAUGCACCUAUCCCAUUCUAUAGAUGGGGAAACUGAGGCUCAGAGAAAAGCCAGGCCAGUGGCACCUGGCUGAGGGACAGACUGGGCUGGUGUUGGGAUCUGCGGACCCCACUCUGGAACCCCAGGUGAGAGAGCUCAGGUUGAGUCCUGUCCCAUCCCUUGUCGAGCCUGAUCAUCUGUAACAUACGUGAUGAGGGCUGUCACUUUUUAGCAUAAGUGUGUCCCAUGCAAUGUGUGUGAUCUACAAAAUUAUCCAUUGUCUGAAAUUCAGAUCUAUGUGGCUGACUUUUUUUUUUGAAUUUUUAAAAAAAUUUUAUUUAUGAGAGAUUGAACACAAGCAGGGGAGGGGCAGAGAGAGGGAGACACAGAAUCUGAAGCAGGCUCCAGCUGUCAGCACAGAGCCCAACGUGGGGCUUGAACUCAUGAACCAUGAGAUCGUGACCUGAGUCAAAGUUGGAUGCUUAACCAACUGAGCCAUGCAGGUGCCCUUGACCUUCUUUUCUAAAUUUGGAAGUUCCCUUGCUGGAGCACAGCCUUGUCCAGCAAGCCCUCCUGACUCCCCGCCUGAGCUGGCCACCCUCCUCUGUGUCUCUAGUACGGACUUGGCCGUCCUGCUGUCCACCUUGGGAUGCGAGACCCAGAGGUAGGGGCUCGACUAAGGGACUGUCCUGGUGCCAGAGGCUCCUGACUGUUUACAAUGAAAAGUGAAAGGAAAGGAUGUACCGACUGGGCUGGACUCUGCCCUCUGACACAGCGGGUUGGACGCACCUUGUGUGUCCCCUCCGUGACUCAGGGCGGAGACCAUGGGGCUGCCCCAGCCUGGGGCUGGCUGCCAAGCUGUUGGGUAUCUAUCUAGUGACGUCAGGCCCACCCCCGCCUGCCCUUGCCCAUUCCCUGGGUGGGGGCUGUGGGACCCCUGGCUGGUGACCUGCUUCAGGUCCCUUUGCCGCCCAACUCAGCUCCAGAUUAGAAAGUGCAGGGGCAGUGCCAACAGAGACCACUAUGAAAGGGCUACCGUGAAGUUGCCUAGCCAGCUCCAAGGGCUGGGAAGGACACGAGGAGCCACAUGCUUGUCAAGUAGAGACUAGGCAUCAGGGGUCAGCUUUCCGGGCCUUGUCCCCACUCAGCCCGGGUGCCUGAACUCCAAGCCCUGUUUGGUGGUCUGACUUCUGUGUUCUCAGCCCUGCCCACAUCUUGUCACGUUAACAUCUAACGUCUUCUUUUGCCAGAUCCUGGAGAUGGGCCAGGGGUGCCCAUGGAGGCAGCAGUGAGGGAUGGAUUGUCCUAGCUGCCCGUCCAGGGAGUCCUCAGGAAGGACCUGAGGUCUGUCCAUACGCCUUCCCAGAGCCAGGAUGGCGGAGGCUGGACUGAAGGGCUGGCUGCUAUGGGCCCUGCUCCUGCACUCGGCCCGGGCCGAGCUGUACACACCCAUCCACCGGUCUGGCUACUGCGCCUUCUACGACGAGUGUGGCAAGAACCCAGAGCUGUCCGGAGGCCUGGCUCCCCUGGCCAACGUGUCCUGCCUGUCCAACACACCCGCCCGCCUCCUGGCCGGCGAGCACCUGGCCCUCCUGCGGCGCAUCUGCCCCCGCCUGUAUGCUGGCCCCGACACCACCUACGCUUGCUGCUCCGCCAAGCAGCUGGUGUCCCUGGAGGCGAGCCUGGCGGUCACCAAGGCACUCCUCGCACGCUGCCCCGCCUGCACCGACAACUUCGUGAGCCUGCACUGCCACAACACCUGCAGCCCCAACCAGAGCCUUUUCGUCAACGUGACGCGCGUGGCCUGGCGCGGGGACGGCCGGCCGCCGGCUGUAGUGGCCUACGAGGCCUUCUACCAGAGCAGCUUCGCCAGGCGGACCUACGACUCAUGCAGCCGGGUGCGUGUCCCUGCGGCGGCCACGCUGGCUGUGGGCACCAUGUGUGGUGUUUAUGGCUCCGCCCUCUGCAACGCUCAGCGCUGGCUCAACUUCCAGGGGGACACAGGAAAUGGCCUGGCCCCCCUGGACAUCACCUUCUACCUCUUGGAGCCUGGUCAGACGCCGGGGAGUGGGGUGCAGCUUCUGAACGGGGAGGUGGCACCAUGCAACGAGUCCCAGGCGGACGGCGCAGCCGCCUGCUCCUGCCAAGACUGCGCCGCCUCGUGCCCCGCGAUCGCCCGGCCCCAGGCCCUGGACGCCACCUUCUACAUGGGCCGGAUGGCAGGCGGGCUGGUCCUCGUCAUCACCCUCUGUUCGGCCUUUGCUGUACUUACCGCCUUCCUGGUGGGGCCCCGCCUGGCCUCCUGCUGGGGCAAGGGCAAGAUGCGGGACCCCACGGUGGGCACCAGCCUCUCCGACAAACUGAGCCUGUCCACGCAUAGCCUCCUCAGCCAGUGCUUCCAGGGCUGGGGCACGUGGGUGGCCUCGUGGCCGUUGAGCAUCCUGCUGGUGUCCAUCGCCGUGGUGGUGGCCUUUUCAGGAGGCCUGGCCUUCAUGGAGCUGACCACGGACCCCGUGGAGCUGUGGUCGGCCCCCAGCAGCCAGGCCCGGAGAGAGAAGGAGUUUCAUGACCAGCAUUUCGGCCCCUUCUUGCGGACCAACCAGGUGAUCCUGACGGCACCCACACGGCCUGGCUCCAGCUACAACUCCCUGCUGCUGGGGCCCAAGAACUUCAGUGGGGUUCUGGCCCCCGACAUCCUGCUGGAGGUGCUGGAGCUGCAGGAGACGCUGCGACACCUGCAGGUGUGGUCACCCGAGGAGCAGCGCAAUGUGUCGCUGCAGGACGUGUGCUUCGCGCCCCUCAACCCACACAACACCAGCCUCUCCGACUGUUGCGUCAACAGCCUCUUGCAGUAUUUCCAGAACAAUCGCACGCGCCUGCUGCUCACGGCCAACCAGACGCUGACCGGGCAGACCUCUCAAGUGGACUGGAGGGACCACUUUCUCUACUGUGCUAAUGCCCCUCUCACCUUCAAGGACGGCACAGCUCUAGCCCUGAGCUGCAUGGCUGACUACGGGGGCCCUGUCUUCCCUUUUCUUGCUGUGGGGGGCUACAGAGGGAAAGACUACUCUGAGGCAGAGGCCCUGAUCAUGACCUUCUCCCUUAACAACUACGCCCCUCGGGACUCCCGGCUGGCACAGGCAAAGCUCUGGGAGGGGGCCUUCUUGGAGACGAUGAGAGCUUUCCAGCAGCGGACAGCCGGCAGGUUCCAGGUCACAUUCAUGGCGGAGCGCUCCCUGGAGGACGAGAUCAAUCGCACCACGGCCCAGGACCUGCCGGUCUUCGGGGUCAGCUACAUUGUCAUCUUCCUGUACAUCUCCCUGGCCCUGGGCAGCUACUCCAGCUGGCGCCGGGUGGCGGUGGAUGCCAAGGCCACGCUGGGCCUGGGCGGUGUGGCCGUGGUGCUGGGAGCAGUCACGGCAGCCAUGGGCUUCUUCUCGUACCUGGGCGUCCCCUCCUCCCUGGUGAUCCUGCAGGUGGUGCCUUUCUUGGUGCUGGCCGUGGGUGCUGACAACAUCUUUAUCCUAGUGCUUGAGUACCAGAGGCUGCCGCGGAGGCCUGGAGAGCGGCGAGAGGACCACAUCGGCCGCGCACUGGGCAGGGUGGCCCCCAGCAUGCUGCUCUGCAGCCUGUCUGAGGCCAUCUGCUUCUUUCUCGGGGCCCUGACCCCCAUGCCAGCAGUGAGGACCUUCGCCCUGACCUCCGGCUUGGCUGUCAUCCUGGACUUUCUGCUGCAGGUGUCAGCCUUCGUGGCCCUGCUGUCCCUGGACAGUAGGCGGCAGGAGGCCUCCAGGAUGGAUGUGUGCUGCUGUGCUGGCGCUCGGGAGCUGCCCCCCCCGGGCCAAAGUGAGGGGCUCUUGCUGCGAUUCUUCCGCAAGGUCUACGUCCCACUCCUGCUGCACCGGGUCACACGUGUGGUUGUGCUGCUGCUGUUCACGGGCCUGUUUGGAGCCGGGCUGUACCUCAUGUGCCGGGCCAGUGUGGGGCUGGAUCAGGAGCUGGCCCUUCCCAAGGACUCCUACCUGCUCGACUAUUUCCUCUUUCUGAACCGCUACUUUGAGGUGGGGGCUCCAGUCUACUUCGUCACCACUGGAGGCUACAACUUCUCCAGCGAGGCGGGAAUGAAUGCCAUUUGCUCGAGCGCAGGAUGCGACAGCUUCUCCUUAACCCAGAAGAUACAGUUCGCCACUGAGUUCCCUGACGAGUCUUACCUGGCCAUCCCUGCCUCUUCCUGGGUGGAUGACUUCAUUGACUGGCUGACCCCGUCCUCUUGCUGCCGCCUGUAUGCCUUUGGUGCCAACAAAGACAAAUUCUGCCCCUCGACCGUUAACUCCCUGGCCUGCUUGAAGAGCUGUGUGAACUUCACUCUGGGCCCCGUCCGGCCAUCAGUGGACCAGUUCCACAAAUACCUGCCCUGGUUCCUGGAGGACCCACCCAACAUCAAGUGUCCCAAAGGUGGACUGGCAGCGUAUAGCACCUCCGUGGAUUUGGGACCUGGUAACCAAGUUUUAGCCUCGAGGUUCAUGGCCUACCACAAGCCGCUGCGGAACUCACAGGAUUACACGGAGGCCCUACGGGCGGCACGAGCACUGGCGGCCAACAUCACCGCCCACCUGCGGCAGGUGCCGGGCACCGACCCGGCCUUCGAGGUCUUCCCCUACACGAUCACCAACGUGUUCUACGAGCAGUACCUGACGGUGGUCCCCGAAGGCCUCUUCAUGCUUGCCAUGUGCCUGUUGCCCACGUUCGCCGUCUGCUGCCUGCUGCUGGGCAUGGACCUGCGCUCCGGCCUCCUCAACCUGUUCUCCAUCGUCAUGAUCCUCGUGGACACCGUGGGCUUCAUGGCCCUGUGGGGCAUCAGCUACAACGCCGUGUCCCUCAUCAACCUGGUCACGGCGGUGGGCAUCUCCGUGGAGUUUGUGUCCCACAUCACCCGCGCCUUUGCCAUCAGCACCCGGCUCACCCGGCUGGAGAGGGCCAAGGAGGCCACGAUCUUCAUGGGCAGCGCGGUGUUCGCGGGCGUGGCCAUGACCAACCUGCCGGGGAUCCUCGUCCUGGGCCUGGCCAAGGCGCAGCUCAUCCAGAUCUUCUUCUUCCGCCUCAACCUCCUCAUCACCCUGCUGGGCCUGUUGCACGGCCUGGUCUUCCUGCCAGUCGUCCUCAGCUUCGUGGGGCCCGAUGUCAAUGUGGCUCUAGUGCUGGAGCAGAAGAUGGAGGAGGCCGCCAGGGCCAGGGUGGCCUCCUGCCCGACCCACCAGGCCCCGACAUCCACAGCCAGCAGCACCUACAUCAACCAUGGCUUUGAACAUCCUGCCAAGAGCAUGGGUGGUGCUGUCGGUUCUCUGUCCCGCGGUGGGCAGGAGUUCUGA